GAGUAUGUCGCUGAGGGUAGCACGGCUGGUGCGGUCUGCAUGGACUCCGGCAAGGCCUUUGACAAGGUCCCACUUGGGAGACAAGUCAACGAGCAGAAACGCUAUGGCGAACCGGAACACCUGUACAGAGGUGGUGUUGCUGGCUUGCGGCUCAUUCAACCCAAUCACAAAUAUGCACCUGAGGAUGUUUGAAUUGGCCCGCGAUCACCUUCAUGAAACAGGGAGAUACCUGGUGCUAAGGGGCAUUAUAUCUCCGGUGGGUGAUGCGUACAAAAAGAAGGGCCUUGUGGAGGCAAACCAUCGUGUGGCUAUGAUAGAAAAAGCCAUCCAGUUGUCUGACUGGUUGACGCUGGACACCUGGGAAAGUAAGCAGGACGAAUGGGUGGAGACUGUCAAAGUGCUGAGGCAUCAUUGCGAGAAUCUGAAGAACCAAUAUGUCAUCGAUAAAAAGAAUGCCACUCAAUGCCGGAAGGGAAAGAAACGGAAGAUCGAAGAGAAAGACGUCUGUCUGAUAGAUGAAAGAGAUAUGCCGCAGCUGAUGCUGCUCUGUGGAGGAGACGUGUUGGAGUCAUUUGGAGUUCCGGACCUGUGGAAAAAGGAGGACAUCGAGGAGAUUUUGGGCACCUACGGGAUGGUCUGCAUCAGCCGACAUGCGUGCAAUCUUCAAAAAUGUAUCUUCGAGUCCGACAUCCUCUGGCAGUGCAGGAACAAGAUUCACCUUGUGACCGAGUGGAUCGACAAUGACAUCUCGGCCACCAAGGUGCGCCGCGCCUUGCGGAGGGGACACAGCAUUAAGUACGUGGUUCCCGAUCCGGUCAUUGACUAUAUUCUAUGGCAUCAGCUGUACGACCAGCACAGCGAGGACAGGAAUUCCGGUGUGGUUUUAGCACCUUUUCAGCGUUACAAAGAAGAAUCGAGCAGGAACGCACCAAACUCUGGGCUGACAUGGAGCCUGGCGUUUGACAGGUUUUUACAUCCACAGCUCCCUUGGCCACCUUGGUUCCUUUUUGCAGCUCGGCCCUCAACGGACACAAUGCCGACAGAUUUCAGUGGUACCUGGCAUUUGGUCAGCAAUGAAAAUCUUGACCCUUACUUGCAAGCAUUGGAUAUUGACUUUCCUACUCGUAAGAUUGCGUCUCUGCUGAAACCCGAGAAGGUUAUUGAACAGGAGGGAGAUUCAUUCAUCGUCAAAACAAACAGCACCUUCAGAAAUUAUCAAAUCCAAUUUACGGUGGGAGUAGAAUUUGACGAGGAUGUGAAAUGUUUGGAUAAUCGCAAAUGCAAGAGUCUUGUCAUGUGGGAGAACAACAAACUGGUGUGCACUCAGAAGGGAGAAAAGAAGAAUCGAGGUUGGACUCACUGGAUAGAAGGCGAUAACCUUCACUUGGAACUCUACUGUGAAAACAAGAUGUGCAAACAGGUUUAUAAGAAAAUGUCCACCGCAUAAGUGAAGGAAAAUGCCAAAUGUGAAAACUAUUAAUUUGUACGAUUUUAGGACAUUGAGUGAUCAAUAGUGGAAACUUUGCCCAUUGCCCUCAGAUUUAGAUCCGAAGGUACUUCUUACGGCACUGAAAUAUGGAAACAGAUUUCAUGUGGCUACCCUUCUGUGCAUUGAGGUAAUAUGUUACUGAGAUAUUCAGUGUCAAUCUGCUCCAAGAUUAAUUUUGUGGUGGGAUUACAUUCUUGAACAACUAAUGUAUUCACACUGUCGAUAUUUGAUUGAAUGGAAGUAGCAGUUUCACAUGUAUGUGGGAAUUUGAUAAUCAUAAAGGAUUAGCGUCACA